UUGUCCUUUGUCCUUUUCCUUGAUUCGUUUUCUGAUUUUUGCAUGUCUGCGAAGGUUGUGGAGCGCAAGGGCAAGUCGAAGCCAGCGCCACCUGCCCGCUCCGACGUACCGCCGUCCGAACAUGCAUCGUCGGCUGGGUCUGCAGCGGCCAAAGCGGUGAUUUCGGCUGGGGAGCGCGGCCGGGCGAGUCAUUCCCCCGUUAGCAUCUCGCUGACAUCGACCGAGGAGGACGAAACCGAGCACGAGGCGCGUCGCAGCCGCGGCAUUGUGAUUGACGGCGAGGCCGACACGGACUCGUCUGCAGCGGACAGCGGCAACAACAGCAGCAGCGACGACGACGACGACGACGACGACGGUGUUGUCAAGCGACCGAGCCCGUCGAACAAGAAGGAUUUGUCGCUCAUCUUUGGCGUGGAUCCCGCUCGCGUCAAGCCUGGCCUCGUUGUCGGCGGUGGCAGCGGCAAUGGCAGUGCCAGCAGCGGCGCCAGUCUCAACAGCAGCCUUGGCGGGAGCAACAGCAGUCUGAACGUUGACGCCGUGUUCCUCACUCCGGACGGAUCGCUCGACAGCAGCGCGAGCAACAAGAGCAAGAGAAAAUCAAAGCUCGGCAUUGAUUGGCACAGACUCUCGACCAGACUGAGCGGAGGUGGCUCGGACAGGAGUGGCUCCAUGUCGCGGAACUCGUCCCAACGAUCGUCCAAGGAGACGGCAAGCGCUGCCAUCCCGCCCCGUACAGGCAAUCUUUCCGCCUCUUCCAGUAUCAUUGCGAAUGCAGCCUCAGUUUCUCCGAAAUCCAGCAUUCCUCGGUCUCCAUCACAGGGAGAUGCGGUCGGCAGCGAGCGAUCGAGCUUCUCCUCGUCGCAUUCGUCUCCUUUGGCCGUCCCGACGACUGGCACACCUCGUUCGCAGAGUGUCGACUAUGGUCGUUCAGGACUGGGGUUCUCGUCGCACUCUCCAUCAGAGUCUGGCGGCCUAACCCGCCAGGGAAACAAGUUCUUGAGCCAAAUCAGUAUUGCCAGCUCCUCAAGCGACCUGUCCGAUAUCAUGGACCGACGCUCAGAUUCAAUCAGCUCCCCUGGCAUCUACCACAGCAAUUCGUCCCUCCAUUCCCCCAACGGUGGCAGCCGUGCCGAUUUGUCCAUCACGCGGUCGUCCAACACCCCCUCCAACGACGGAUCCCAAGACGACGAUUCCGAUGAUGAGAGUGGCCUCCGUGUGGCAGAGCAUCGUCGCUCGCGGCCGCAUUCAAUGGGCAAGCUUGGCAAGUUUUUCGGCGCCGAGCUCCAAGUGGGCACAGGCAGCGGGAGUCAGCAUUCGCCUGGCACAAUCUCGGCCCACAAAGGAGGGAAGCUUGGCAAGUUCUUUGGCACUGAGGUGUCGACGGCCUCCUCGUCUCAGGCCGAGUCUGUAUUUGGUUCCACGCCCUCGCAAUCAAUGAUCCACGAACUGGAGAUUAUGCAACUUUACGGGAAAGACACUCGGCACGAGUUGUCAAAGGAGAAGGAGCGCCACUGGACUAAGCUCGUUUCUCCUGACGUGUUGCGCAACUUGGAUGACCGUACUCGCCGACACAACGAGAAUGUUUGGGAGCUUUUUACAUCCGAGGUCGACUUUAUGGAGUUUUUGCUCAUUGUCAAAGAGUGCUUUUUGCAACCCUUUGACGAGCUCCAAAGCAAAGGCUACUUGCACGAAGUCAACCGCAGUUCCAUUUUCUCCAACUUUACCGACAUCUUGGCAUGCAGCGAACGAACUGCCUACGCCAUCAAGCGCUCACUGGUCGAUCGCUUGGAUGGCCGUUCGGUAGCAUCCCCGAGCCAAAGCAACGAAGAAGAGGACCAUGGACCUGUGUUUGCUGGCAGCAACUCCAUGCUUUCGACGGUGUUUGUCAAUUCUCUCUUCAAGAAUAUUGAGUCUGACUUUAAAGACUUUCAAACGUACUGUCUUUUGCAUUCGACCGUCUUGAAAUAUCUGAAAACGCUGGACAACAAUUCUGACUUUGUCACGUUCCUCAAGUGGUGUCAAGCGCGGCCGCUUUGCCGACGCCUGCAGCUCCGCGAUUUGCUCGUUGCGCCUGUGCAGCGACUAACCAAGUAUCCACUUCUCGUGCAAGGCAUGAUCAAACGGGUGCCAGCCGACCAUGCUGCGCGGCUGACAGAUACUUGCGAGCGGCUCAAUCGAUUUGUGGCCCAGAUCAACGAGAAGAUCAAUCAACGCGAAAACUACAACAAGUUGACCGCCUUGCAGCAAUCUCUCAUUGUCUCUCCGGAAGCGGCCGAGGUGGAUGGCGCUGCAGCAGUUAGCAUCAAUCUCCUGGCCAACGAUCGCAAGUUUGUUCUGGAAGGAAGGCUGAGCAAGGUUGGCAGCUUUGGCAUGUACUCGGAUCGUCACGCAUUCUUGUUUUCCGACAUGCUCCUCAUCACAAAGCCCCAAAAGGAUCAAUUCGUGAUGUAUCGUGCGCCAAUUCCUCUCGCUGAGCUUCGACUUGUGCACGUCACUGAAGAUUUGGUCAAGCACGGAUUUAUGGUUCGGCAGCUCAAUUCGUCAGGCAGUAUUUUGCGAGAGUACACCUUCAUGGCGGAAAACGGGCAGGAAAAGUUGAAAUGGAUCCAGGCCAUCACCGAAGCCAUUGCUGUCGUAUUGCGCGAAGUGUCUCAAAAAGCAAGCCAGAGUAUUCGGUCCUGCGGCGAUACCUUUGUUCGCAUCGCAUUGCCGGACGGAUUGGGCCUUUCUCCUUCCACUACACUCAACAUUUUUUCGCAUACCACCAUGCAAGAAAUCACAGCGCUGGCAUGUCGCAAGAAAGACUUGCCGCCAUCCAGCUUUUUCCUCUCGCGACUGGUUUCCGACGCGCAACAGCAACCAAUUGCGCUGUAUCCAGGCGCGACCGCGGGCGAUGUGGCUGCAUCGCACUUGAUGCUCGUCCUCAAACCCGGCGCUGUCGUUCCCGCGAUUUCGCCAACUACCGCUGCUCGCUUUUCCUACGCACAGCCUUCUGUUGCGGUCGAGGACGCAACAAAAUCCUUUGCUGUGCUCGAGGACCCGACAAAACCUUCAGUUGUGGCCGAGGAUGCAACAAAGUCUUCUGGUUCGUCCAGUCCCGAAGGUUUCACGGCCAACUCGGCGCUUGAGAUCGCCUUGGCAAAGAUCAGCGCGCUCGAGCGGCGUGUAGCACAGCUGACCGAGCUCGUCUCCAAGAAGGACACGGACAUUCAGGACAUGCGGGACGAGUUUGCUUCCUUCAUGUCCAUGCUCGACAACAGAGCUCAGACGAUCGCAGGACGUCUGCCAGGCGAAGAGGACGGGUCGGCACUUGUCGCGCGUCGAUCCAGCUCUCCCGCGUCUCGUGCAAGCAUCACCUCCACCUCGUAUUCUGUGCCCGAGGAAGACGAGGAGCCGCCAACAAUCCUUCGUAUUGGGGACUCUCAUCAAGCUGCUUCAGUCCUCUAGUAUCCGCUGAUUCAGCGCUUGUUCUCUCGCUCGCCUUCUGUUCCGCUCUUUGUUGUUAGUUUUUUUUGCUCAUGUGUUAUUUCGUCUCAUUCACACAAUUUAUUAUCUCAAUCACUGUUCUUGUUGGUCAACGGUAUAUUUUUUGUUUGUCCGAACGCAAUCGAACGUA